CUAGCUGCUUGCUCCAGAUCGCUAUCCCCACGACAGAAAAGAUCUUCACUCGAAUUCUUCUCCCUCCUCGCUGGACCGGUCUAUCUCCGUCACCAGCUGUCGACUCAUAAUGCCUACGCCACUUCCGUCUAGUUUCGCCUCGGCCGCCGCUGGCAACACCCACGACUCCUCCGGCCGGAGAGGUGAUGGAACUGCUGGUGGAGAAUGGUCUCGAUCUCGCAUGAACGGAGCAACACAGACUUUCCGCCGUCCGUCCGUUGCGACAAACCCUUCUCACAACCGGGAUGCCAGCCAGCCCACGUCGGCUACCACUCCCACCGUCGGCACCUACACCCCUCCGCAUAUGUCCUCGACCUACCCGGCCGCGCUACGUAACGGAGCAGCCACCGACACCCGCUACAACAAGGAUCAGCUUCUCAGUCUCUACCGCAACCAACGAGAGUCGGGCGUGCUGGGGAAGAACGUUGCAGAGUACUUUGUCGCUGACUGGAAUCCCCACGAGACAUCUCCUGUGAACGGCGCCUGGGGGAAGCGGGAGGAUUCCAAGGACAAUCCCUCCGGCCCGGAGGUAUGCUGGGACCAUGGGGGCCACGUAGAGCCUUUGGGGUUGGUCGACAUGACUGACGAUGAGAAAGAGUUAUUCACCCUCUCCGUCAACUCCCCCCUCAAACCGCCUCCCACGAACGCCUCCAAGGAGACCCCCGGCACCGCGACCGGAGUCCGCAAGCUUUCCAUCUCCCAGGGCCAUAUGAACAACUACAACACCGCAUCCCCCAGUGCUGGGCGUCCCAACCCCAGGCGCCGGGAGACGGGCGAUUCCACCGGCAAUCCCAUGUCUCCCACCACCGCCGGCUCUCGCUUCUUCCGCGAAGAAUCGACCGCCGCCACCCCGCCCCCGUCCCUGUUGCGCCGCAAGACCGACUUUCGAGAUACUUCUUCUGCUGCUCGCUGGGAGGAGAAGGAGAAGGAAAACGGGGCCCGCGAGGGAGCCGCCGAGGUCGCCUCGCCGUUUGGUUCGUUGAAACGCAGCUCCACCAACCCCUUGAAUCCAGCCCAGGGCGCCUCCAAUUCCCCAUGGGGCUCUGCGUCGCAUAAUGCCAACUUCUCGCCGAUGGGUGCCUUCGGGGCGUUUUCCUUGGGCACAGGCACGGGUCCGGGCACGGGAGCCCCCACCGCCACCACCCCGACGACGGAGAAGAAGCCUGGGUUCGGUAGCGUCCGUGGAGAGAGCCGUCUGAAGGGGCUGUUCUCAAAGGAUAGCUCCGAGGACAUUGCGGCUGCUAUCAAGGAGAAGUCAUCCCUGAGCAGCCUGGAGCGCCUGGGUGAGGGAGAGGGCGAGAAGCGCGCUCAGUCGCCUUGGGGCGAGCCCGUCAAGACGCGCACGGGUCGCAGCGAGACGAACCCGUUCUCCGAGGAGCUCCGCAGUGGCAGUGCCGCGCUGGGUGGGUCGCAGGAGGUCAGUACGCCUUCCCAGACUGCUGACCAGCUGGGAUUCUCCGCAUUUGGCAUGACCUCCAGCAUCCCCGGAUUCCGGGAGCUGAUGCAGAGCCACGAGAACUCCCGCAACCCGACGCCCAGUCUCCUGCAGGGACACGAGCCGACCAGUCCGACGAACACGAACCCCUACCAGAGCCCCCACGGCGACAGAGGCGGUGGCGACGAUGACGUCGAGACUGACGGAUCUGACAUCCAGAACACCACGCAUCCUGGUAUCUCGGGACUGCGUGAUAACUCGUCCGCCUUUGGCUCGAUCCGCCGGGUCGGCUCGGGCAUGGACCUGCCUGCGAUCGACCGGAGCCAGACCUCGAGCGCCGCCGGCAACCGCAGCUUCUCCGGCCUUGGUGGUUUGGGCGGCCUUUCUGGCCUGGGCGGUUCUGGGGGAUGGCCCACCAGCGCUGCUGUUGGCACGCCUACCCGGGAGCGAUCCGCCUUUGCCGGGGGAUUUGGUGACCCGAUCUUCGGUACGAUGGGCGAUCUCCAGUCUCCGAGUCUGUCGAGCCUGGGAGGAAGUGGUCUCCUUGGUCGGUCUAGCAAGCUAGGAUCCCUCUUCCCGGCUGCCAUGCAGGAGCAGAUGCAGGGUGAGCAGCGGCAUGACCUGGGAGUGAUGGACGACGGCUCGCGGCAACCAGGUAAGAGUCUCGAACAUCCAGCUGCGCAAAGUCCGCUAACCCGCACAGACGCUCCACCAGGCGACAAGCAAGGCCAACCCAGCCAGCCCGGUUCGACCUCGGACUCGCAGACCCCUGUCAUGACUCCCGGACAACUCGGGUCCGUGCCGCCUGCUCAACAGCGAACGAUGGUGAUGCCGGAUCGGAUGCGUUGGAUCUACCGGGACCCGCAGGGCAACAUUCAAGGCCCAUGGACCGGGCUCGAGAUGCAUGACUGGUUCAAGGCGGGCUUCUUCAGCCCUGACCUGCAGAUCAAGAAGCUCGAGGACCCCGAGUUCGAGCCGCUGGCCCAGCUGGUGCGACGCAUCGGCAACUCGCGCGAACCGUUCCUGGUGCCGCAGAUUGGCAUCCCCCAUGGACCCGACCCCAACCCGACUCCUUGGACGGGAAGCACGACCGGCACCGCCCAGCCUCCGUUCCCGGGCAGCUUCCCAAGCUUCGGGACCACGCUGACGGCGGAGCAGCAGAACGCGUUGGAGCGGCGGAAGCAGGAGGAGCAGUAUCUAAUGGCGCGGCAAAAGGAACACCUCGCGCAGCAGCAGGCGCUCAUGAAGCAGAUGCAGUUUCAGGGCGUCCCGCACAGCGGCAUACACCCUCACCAGCUGCAGCACCACUCGAGCGCGCACAGCCUGCACAGCCAGCCCAGUUUCGGCAGCAUCGCGUCGCCCGUCGGGUUCCAGCCGUCGCCCAUCCAGGCGCCGAUGCAGCAGCCCCAGUCCGUGGCCGGCUUCUUUGAUGCGGCGACCCCGGGACGGGCGAACCCGCUGCCCAACGUGGGCCCUCAGAUGCUCGGCACCGACCUGGGCCAGGACCAGCUCCCAGCUCUGCUUGAUCGGUUGAACGUCAGCCGGCCAGACCCUUUCGCCUUUGGCACGCCCAGCUCCUUCUCGGGCCGUCAGCCUGACAGCCUGUUCCACCAGCCCCACGUCGCGAGCAUCCUCCAAGAUCGGGCCCAGCUGCAGCAGGAACAGCAGCAGUACGACAGCACUCAGGGUGACAGCCUGUUUGACCAGCAGGCGCGCGAGGAGCGGCUCCGCGAGUUCCAUGCCCUGCGGGCGCAGGAGGAGGAACUUGGGCUGCGGACCGCCGAGGGCCUACCCACCCACCCGGCGCAGGAUGUUGAGCUCGAAGUGGCGGAGAGCGUGACUACAAUCGAGGAGCCGACUCUCACGCUGUCGCAGCAGGUGCAGAAGGCCGCGUCCGCCCAGAGACAACUGGAGCAGCUGGAGCAACAAGAACAGCAGCAGCGUGAGGAGCAGCUGCAACAGCAGCAGCAGCAGCAGCAGCAAGAAACCAAUGCCCGCAACCGCCAGAACGUGGCCGAGUCGCUGGCCGCCAACUCGCGGUCCCAGACCCAGACCCCUGUGGAGGCGCCGACCACUUCGAUCGCGCCGUGGGCAAAGGAAGCCAACGAGGUGCCCAAGGGACCGUCUCUGAAGGAGAUUCAGGAGGCGGAGGCCCGGAGUGCGGCGCAGAAGGAGGAAUUGGCGGCGGCGGCUCGUCGCGCGCAGUUGCUGGCGGAGCAGGAGCGUCUCAGCCAGGUGCAGGCGCCUGCGCCCGGACUCCCGUCGACGGCCAACUGGGCCAGCGCUGGAUCUCCGGCCACGCCCACGUCGUCGGGCUCGGUGUGGAGCGCCAAGGGCCCUGCCGCGUCGUCUGCUAAGAAGACUCUCGCGCAGAUCCAGAAGGAGGAGGAGGCCCGUAAGCAGCGCCUGGCUGCGGCGGCGGCGGCUGCUCAGAGCGCUGCGGUCAGCCCUCCGGCGGCGCCCCCGUCGACUGGCAAGCGGUACGCGGAUCUGGCCAGCAAGGCCCCGGCGGCGGCGUCUCCCGUCAGCGCGGCGGCGUCUGGCGCGUGGACGACGGUGGGCGCGGGCGGCAAGGCCAAGGCACCCCCGGCGGCGCCUUCUGGACCGCGGUCCAGCAGCGGCGCGACCCCGGUGCCUGUUUCGCCGGUGAAGCCCAAGCCCGUGGCCGUGGCUACGCCCCGGACGGUGGUGGCGACGCCGCCGACAAACCCGAACCGGGCAGUGGAGGAGUUCACGAAGUGGGCCAAGCUGACGCUGGUCAAGGGGCUGGACAGCAACAUCAAUGUGGACGACUUUGUGCAGCAGCUGCUGUUCCUGCCGGCGGAGGCGGAGAUCAUCUCGGACUCGGUGUACGCCACCUCGCAGACGCUGGACGGGCGACGGUUUGCGGAGGAGUUCAUCCGGCGGCGCAAGCUGGCGGACAAGGGGAUCGUGGACCCGGUGUCGGCGAGCGCGUUCGGCGAGAAGAGCACGGGGGGAUGGAGCGAGGUGGCCAAGAAGGGGUCGAACGCGGCGAAUGCGCACCGCGAGGAGGACACCAGCAGCGCGGCGUUCAAGUAUCGUAAUUUGAAUCAUGGCUCCUACGGCACAUUCCCCCUCCCCAUCCGCCACACCCAGACCCACUACCAAACGCUCGCCGAACACCACCCGGACACAUUCCUGCGCCUCACCUCGCCCACCGCACUGCGCACCUCCCGCGACCAGCUCUCGACGCUCCUCUCCACCGCGGCCUCCAACCUGGUCCUCACCCGCAACGCCACCACCGCCGUCUCCACCAUCCUGCACAACCUCCCCUUCCUCCCCGGCGACGUCGCCAUCUACUUCUCCACCGUCUACGGCGCCGUCGAAUACGGCCUGCAGGCCCUCGCCGAGCGCACGCCCCUCCAGCUCCGGAAAAUCACCUACGACUUCCCCAUCUCGCACGAGGAAGUCGUGCAGAAGUUCCGGGAUGAGGUCAAGCGCGUCAGGGCCGAGGGGCUGAGGCCGAGGGUCGCGGUGUUUGAGACGGUGGUUAGUAUGCCGGGCGUGAGGUUUCCGUUUGAGGCCGUUAUCAACGUUUGUAGGGAGGAGGGCGUUUGGAGUGUUGUUGAUGGCGCCCAUGGCGUGGGUAUGUUUGCUUUGGAUUUGGGAAGCCUGGGCCCGGAUUUUUGGGCGAGUAAUUUGCAUAAAUGGCUCUACACCCCCCGCGGCUCCUCAGUUCUCUACGUCUCGCCCUCCCACCAACACCUCAUCCGGACCACCCUGCCCACAUCCUGGGGCUACAUCGCUCCUCCCCCGCCCAACACAACCUGCACCACCGUGUCCACAUCAACAAUGACCCCCUCCGUGCUGCCGCCGCAAAGCACCUUCGAAGCGCUCUUCGAAUACGUCGCCACCGCCGACGACACGCCCUACCUGUGUGUUCCCGCGGCGCUCGCUUUCCGACGCGAUGUCUGCGGCGGCGAGGAGGCGAUCUAUUCGUACCUGGAGAGUCUGGCGAAUGACGCGGCGGAGAUCGUGGCGGGGAGGCUGGGGACGGAGGUCCUGGGGGAGAAGGGGACGGGGUGGCGGAGGUGUGCGUUGACGAAUGUGCGCUUGCCUGGCGAAGCUGAGGGCAAAAAGGAUGAGGGUCGGAAUACGGACUUCCCCAUCCUUAAAUCCCAAGUCAGCGAGAUCGCCCGUCGUCUCCAGGAAACCAUGAUGCUGGAGUAUAAGACCUUUGUGCCGGUUUACUCGCUCGGAGGGGCGCUGUGGGUCAGGCUGAGUGCCCAGGUGUAUCUUGACAAGAGCGAUUUCGAGUGGUUGGGGGUGUGUUGGUGGAGUUGA